GCCACAGUCUCCCCGCCGCGGGACACAUGGAAGUACGGACGCACCGACGGGCAGCGGGGACCCCCAGGACCAUGGCGGAGCGCGCGGGCCGCCGCUGUUGCCUGGGCUGGGACUUCAGCACGCAGCAGGUUAAAGUCGUUGCUAUCGACACAGAGCUGAGCGUCUUCUAUGAGGACAGUGUGCAUUUUGACAGAGACCUUCCUGAAUUUGGAACUCAGGGCGGUGUCCAUGUACACAAGGACAGGCUGACGGUCACCUCUCCGGUCCUGAUGUGGGUCCAGGCUCUGGACCUGAUCCUGGAGAAGAUGAAGGCUUCCGGCUUUGACUUCUCUCAAGUUCUAGCCUUAUCUGGAGCAGGCCAGCAACACGGAAGCGUUUACUGGAAGGCUGGAGCCAGCCUGACGCUGUCAAACCUGUCACCGGCUCUCCCGUUACAUCAGCAGCUGCAGGCCUGCUUUUCCAUCAGCGACUGCCCAGUAUGGAUGGAUUCCAGUACCACAGCCCAGUGCCGCCAGCUAGAGGCUGCCGUGGGUGGGGCCCGGGCUCUCAGCUGCCUCACAGGGUCCCGGGCCUAUGAGCGUUUCACAGGGAACCAGAUAUCGAAGCUCUUCCAGCAGAACCCUGAGGCCUACUCACACUCCGAGAGAAUUUCCUUGGUCAGUAGCUUUGCUGCCUCGCUGUUUCUGGGUGGCUAUUCGCCCAUUGACUACAGUGAUGGUUCUGGAAUGAACUUGUUGCAUAUCCAGGAAAAAGUCUGGUCCCAAGCUUGCCUUGAUGCCUGUGCCCCCCAUUUGGAGGAAAAGCUCGGCUCACCAGUCCCUUCAUGCUCAGUUGUGGGAGCCAUUUCUUCUUACUAUGUCCAGCGCUAUGGAUUCUCUCCAGGAUGUAAAGUGGUGGCCUUCACAGGGGACAAUCCAGCAUCACUGGCAGGCAUGAGGCUGGAGGAAGGUGACAUUGCGGUCAGCCUGGGCACCAGCGACACCUUGUUUCUCUGGCUCCAAGAGCCCAUGCCUGCCUUGGAAGGCCACAUCUUCUGCAACCCAGUGGAUGUGCACCACUACAUGGCACUUCUUUGCUUUAAAAAUGGCUCCCUCAUAAGAGAAAAGAUCCGAGAUGAGUCUGCUUCCGGUUCCUGGAAUAAGUUCUCGAAGGCCCUGCAGUCCACGGAGAUGGGGAACAAUGGAAACCUGGGUUUUUAUUUUGAUGUAAUGGAGAUCACCCCUGAAAUUAUCGGGCAUCAUAGGUUUAAUGCAGAAAACAUUGAGGUCUCAGCAUUCCCUGGGGAUGUGGAGAUUCGAGCGCUGAUUGAAGGACAGUUCAUGGCUAAGAGGAUUCAUGCAGAAGGCCUAGGCUACCGAGUCAUGCCCAAGACGAAGAUUCUGGCCACAGGCGGAGCAUCUCACAAUAAGGACAUCUUGCAGGUGCUGGCAGAUGUUUUCGGGGCCCCUGUGUAUGUCAUAGACACCACGAGCUCAGCCUGCGUGGGCUCUGCGUAUCGAGCUUUCCAUGGCCUUGCAGGAGGGACAGGUGUGGCCUUCUCAGAAAUUGUGAAAUCAGCCCCACAUCCAAGCCUGGCUGCCACCCCCAGCCCAGGCGCUUCCCAGGUCUAUGAAGCUCUUCUCCCUCGGUACUCUGAACUUGAACAGAGAAUCCUGUCUCAGGCCCGGGGGCCUCUGGAAUGAAUCCUGCGAGCCCAGGCACCCUGCUGCCUCCCACCUGAUGUGACUUCCCAGUGGCACUCGUCCUAUUGCUUGAUCUGAGCAGGGCCGGCCU